AUGAAACUAAAAGAUGUUACUGCCUUUAGGCCUACAACACUAGGUAAUAGUCCAGAAGCAGGGCAUUCUUUCAUUGAAAACAUACCAUACUUAAGAUCAAAAGAAGUAGAAAGUAAAGAUUCAGGCAUUCAUCCUCCUACUUCAGAAUCUGCAACUAGUUUUAGGCCUACAAAACUAGGAAACAGCCCUGGUGCUGCCGUUGAGGUGUUGCAAACGAGUGAAGCAAGAAAGUUAGGUGAAAACUUUAAGUGUAGUGAGGAAUGCAUCGAAGGAAAACAAGUGGCCGAAGGAAACAAUGCCACAAACGCUAGCCAAGUGCCACCACCUUCUGGUGUGGACGCUUUCCGUCCCACUAACCCUGGUCACAGUCCAGGUGUUGGUCAUUAA